UUGUGACAGUGAGCGUACCCUGUCUGAACGGGUUAGCACGUGUCAUUGUAAAAGGAGCUAGACAGAAAGUAUCUCUGCACGUUUUUCGUGAUUUCGAGAACUUUCUUGUGGCCGAUUUCGUGUAUUCCUUAUCAUAUUGUCAUUUUUGCUCGUUAUUUCAAACCCUCCGCUUUGUGAAUUGAAAAUCGAAUUCUUUGAAUUUUUUGAGACGUUAACGAUGGCGAAAUGGGGACAAGGAGAUCCUCGAUGGAUUGUUGAAGAGAGAUCAGAUGCUACAAAUGUCAACAACUGGCAUUGGACGGAGCGGGAAGCAUCCCAUGCCUCCAAAGAGUGCUUGAAAGAAGUUUUGGUUGGUCUGAAAAUCCAAGAUGAUAAAGGAGAAUGCGAGAUUACAGAGAUGACAAGCAUCGAGGGAGAAGCCUCUGCCAGCAAUAGGAAAGCCAAACUAAUCUUCUUCUAUGAGUGGAACAUCAAAUUGGAGUGGAAAGGUAAUCUGAAGGACUGCAGUACAAAGCUGACUGGGCAUGUACAAAUCCCCAAUCUUAGCGAUGAGAAUGAGGUAGAUGAGAUAGAUGUUAUCGUUACAACAAAAAAAGAGACUGAGGAAUCCAGAAUAUUGAAGGAGAUGAUGCGCACAAAAGGGACUCCCCUCAUCCGAGAACAGAUUGGAAAAUACAUUACCUUUCUUAAAAAUGAUUGGUGUAAAGGGAUGAUACUGCCCUCAGCAGAAGCACAGAAAGACUCGCAACCUUCCAUGUCGAAGCCUGAGCCUGCCAAGGCGUCUCCCGCAGCCGUCAAGCGACAGCAUCAGCUCAACCAGGAAAACAUGAAGAACACGCAGAUCGGCGUCAAGAUUGACACACGCAAGCUGACGCUGUCGGAGGAGUUCAAGUGCUCGGCAGAGGAGCUAUAUCAGACGCUGACCGACCCACAGAGGGUCUCGGCAUUCACAAGAACUCAGGCUGUGAUGGAGGCAGAAAACGGAGGCAAGUUUAGUCUGUUUGAUGGCAACGUCAGUGGAGAGUUCGUAUCACUGGAUCGUGCUACUUUCAAAAUUGAACAGCGCUGGAGAUUCAAGACAUGGCCUGAAGCCCACUUCUCCACAGUCACCAUUGAGCUUGCCCAGAGAGCCGACUGCACCAAGCUCACCCUCACCCAGGUUGGCAUCCCAGCUGCUGACUUUGACAGGACGAAAGAGGGUUGGAAGAGACACUACUGGCAUCCCAUCAUGGCGACGUUCAGCUACGGGGCACGACUCUUCUGAUGACGAGCUACAGCCGAGCUCUUUGUGUUGCGGCUGACAGAGUUCAAUGACGAAAAAUAUUUAUUUGUAAAGUCCUCACUUUCAGAGUUUGCAGUGCAAAUUGUAGUAGUCUUGAGGUUUUGGGUUAAACUUAAGUGAUUCCAUCAGAGCAUUGUAAACUACCGAAUAAGAAGAUACAUUUUUUAGCAGUCUGCUUGAGAAAAAGUCCAACAGUGUGUAGGAAUUAUUUUGGACUUUUACACUUGAAUCUCAACAUAUCAGGUCCUUCAUUGUUGGAAUUUCUGUCGGGCCUUGAAGUCGAAUCAUACCUCUCAAGUAGUCAUUUCCAUACCACAUGAAUCCAGAUUGAUUUUGCUUUCUACUCCUGAACUUGGAACUGGCUGAGUCUACUUAAGUUUGUUACUGCGUGUAGUUGUCUUAGGUUGUUACUCCAUUGCCUUCCCAAAGCCAGCACAAAAGAAUCAAGGAAAUCAAGAGAAAUUAUAGCGAGACUGACCUUUAGUGGACAAAUUUUUUCGUGAGAAUCUCUUUGCCAGCUGUAAGAAGCAGUUCAAGUUAAGACAACAUUUGUAAGCAUCUGUGUAUUUUAAAAUGCCUGUUCAUAUUGAUGUAUGUGUGCAUUAUUAGUCAAAUGGUCAGUAUGGGGAUUGAGAGUGAAUGUUGAGCCAUAUAUUGCAGAGUAUAAACCCUUUCAUAAUUGUACAUUAUUAAAGUCAAGGACAGCUUUUAGGUUGAGUAUUGAUAACAGAAAUAAUGUUUUUUAAAUUGUGUUUUAAGCAUUUCUGUCAGAGGUGUACCAACUGAAAUUACAUUGUCUGCAGUAUUCUUAAUGCGACAAAAUAAUUGCACCUUCUAUCAAAACCUUGUGCUACAUUUGCCUGUUCAAAUUUCUUCAAGAUAAUUUGACUUCUGAUUUCCGUUUUUAGUAAAAUUGUAAAAAGAAAAUCUAAAUAAAUGACCACAUCUUUCCAAAGCUCAGGUAAUUUUUUCUGUAUCAUAUGAAAAAAGUGAUAAAUUCUCAAGCCUGCACUUUAACUUAAACAACAUUUGUACGCUGGUAAAAGUUAUACAUGCACCUCUCCUUCAGAGAGAGAAUGGAUGAAUUAUGCAAACAAAACCUCUGCCCACUGGAAUCAAUAUAAAUGGAUUCAAGUUUAAGUGGCUCCUUCCAGGGAAAAAAAUACCUGAUAGUUUUGUAAACAGGAAAAUUUUGGGGGAGGGGUGGGGACGUCGUUUGAUUGGGCCACCAAAUAUGUAUCAAGGUUUUUUUUUAAUGAACUGUAAAACACUUUAAAAUAAAUGUUUGAAAGAUGUGAGGAACAAAAGUAAAGAAAAUGAAAACCAAAGGACAGUUUCGUGGUACUGUAUUGUACAAUUUGAUAAAGUUUAUUUUCUCUCAAAGGCUUAUUGGGUGCACUUACUGACCCAUGCGACAGACAGAUGUAUCAGCCAUUGUGGAAAGCAAAGACCACUAUUAAGUAUGGAAUAAGCAAGCCUUUGAAGCUUUGUCAAGGGCUAAAAGUA